UGAGUGCGCGACGAAGCUUUGAAUGCUUUUGUAACCGAAGAAGCCGCGUUUUUCGUUAUAUUGGCCACCAGUUUUACAUAGUUUUACAAACCAGACCACGUUAAUCAUUGUAAAGUUUGACCAUAUGAACUCGGACUUGCUGUUGACUUUGCAGCGACGUUAAAGGAACCUGAAACAAACCGGCUCAGAGAUGAGGAGGACGGCCUGACUGAACCGCUGCUGCUAAUGCUAAUGCUAGCCUGUUUGUUGAGUUAAAGUCAGACGUUUGUUUCGAGGUGACAGCUGCUGGGCAGGAAAAUAUGACUACUCUAACAAGACAAGAUCUUAAUUUUGGACAAGUGGUUGCUGACAUCCUGUGCGAAUUCCUGGAGGUUGCAAUUCACCUCAUUCUGUAUGUCCGGGAAGUUUAUCCGUCCGGGAUCUUUCAAAAGAGAAAGAAAUACAACGUACCUGUACAGAUGUCAUGUCAUCCAGAGCUGAAUCAGUACAUCCAAGACACCCUUCACUGUAUAAAGCCGCUCAUUGAGAAGAAUGAUGCAGAGAAGGUAGUCGUGGUCAUCAUGGAUAAAGAGCAUCAUCCCGUCGAGAGAUUUGUUUUUGAGAUUUCCCAGCCUACACUGCUGUCUAUCAGCUCAGAUACAUUACUAUCACAUGUGGAGCAGCUGCUGAGGGCGUUCAUCCUGAAGAUCAGUGUGUGUGAUGCAGUUUUAAAUAAUAAUCCACCAGGGUGUUCAUUUACGGUGCUGGUCCACACCAGAGAGGCGGCUACACGCAACAUGGAGAAGGUUCAAGUCAUUAAGGAUUUCCCGUGGAUCGUUGCAGAUGAGCAGGAAGUCCACAUGCAGGAGCCCAGACUGAUUCCACUGAAGACCAUGACGUCUGACAUAGUGAAAAUGCAGCUUUAUGUGGAAGAGAGAGCCCAGAAGACAUAGAUGUAGACCCCCAGCCCCCACCCCCACCUGCUGAACUGAGGGUUCUGAGUCAGCAGAUCAUUGAGGAUGCUGCUUGGCUCCCAGUCCUGCUACCAUCAAGUCCCAUCCUGACCAUCAGACGUACAGAGGAGUUUGGGAUUGUGUUUACACAGUUGUUUUUAUUGUCAUCCUGAAUUCUUGUGACACAGCGGUGAUUGAAAGGCAGACGGCAAAGCUCUGCCAAUCAGCUGUCAGAGACACUUGUCUGAAAAACACACCAGAUUAACUGUGUUGGUAUAUAUCAGGGGGGUCAAACUCAUUUUAGUUCAGGUUCCAUACUCCCCCUGAUAUGAUCUGAAGUGGACCGGACCAGUGAAAGAAUAACAGAAAAAAGUACAAUUAUAUUAUGAUAA